UGAUCGGGUGCUGUGCGAUGCUGUCAGUUUGUGUUUCCGCGUUUCGUAGCGUUCACAGGAUCUAGCGUGAGUGUUUGGUGUACGUUUUUUUUCUUCCUUUGACCAGGCCGCCCUACCGUAAUGCCGCAGAUCAAAACCUUCCGGAUCGUGGGUCACAUCUACGCGACAUUCAUGAUUGUCAUCGCAAUGACGCUGGCCAUCCGAUCUCUCGGUUCGUUUGGAAGUGAGGAGGAAAAUAGCACGGUGCUGGCACUUAAGUCGAUAUUUUCGCUGUACUGCUUUUCGUUCGCCGUUAUGCUUGUGAUUGGCAUCGAGAUGGAGAAAAUUGAAUACGUUAUUGUUUACAGGAUAUUUGUGAUAUCACGAAGUAUCUGUGGUUUGGUUUACAUGGUAAUCAACUCUUUGAUCAUCAUUGUGGAUCAUGCUAAUGAAGCUUCCACUGCGAGGACGAUUUUUGGAAUUUUUCUGUUGAUUGUGGCGAUGAUUAUCUUUUUCGCUGUUAUUGCUUUCGAACUGUUACUUGUGGAAGGAAUCAAGCGGUAUACUGAACGAUCGAUAGAGAUAAUUAAAAUUCCGUCCGUGACUGCUGUGUAGCGAAAAGAUGGGCGUGGAAUUACUUAUUUUUAUAAUAUUUCUUUAAAUUCAUUAACAAUCUUUCUUCUGUAAAAA